AUGUUACCUCGCUUUGAUGAUGUUCGUCAUAUGACGGACGAAAGCUUAGCACCUUUUCUCCGGAAUGGAAGGAGAUUGCCUCAGAAACGGCGUCAGCAUGAAUCUUCCAGUAAAGCCAAUCGACAGCUGGUUAAGAGGAUUCAGCCGUCGUCUUCUGGUGGAACCGAGCCUACAAUCUCUUCACCCAACACUUCCACUCGAAAGGGAAGUAAGCUCAACCAUUAUGAAACAAGAGAUUCCUCGAAACACAACUUUUCUUCGCUCAACAAUUAUGUGAAAGUCAUUGGAAACGUCAACUCUACACAUAUCAUUGUGGGAAAAAUCAACUACCAGUCCUUCAUCACCUUACACAAAAUAGGGUCAACACAACUCAUCUAUCUAUUCUUCCUCUUACAUAUACUCAUAAUUGAUAGAGGCCUGAUAGUGUCAUGA